AUGGACCCGGGCCGCAGAGCCAUGCUCAACUCUGGGCGCAGAUCCCCCAGUCGCAGAGACCGCGAGCGAGAAAGAAGCAUCACUUCGCCCCGGCGCGAUCCCAACAACCGCAUCUCGAAGCCCUCCAAUUCGCAAUCUUCCUCGAGACCCCGCCAGAACAACAACGGAACCAACACGAGCUCGAGCUACAUGACCCAGGAUGAACAGUCUCGUCAGUUUGUCGCCGACGAAGACAAGUUCGUUUUGAAACAGGCCAAGAAGAAGGCGGACAUUCGCGUUCGGGAAGGCCGAGCCAAGCCAAUUGACUUGCUCGCAUUCAAUUUACGCUUUAUCGAUACCGAUCGGGACGUCUUCGACGACGAUGAUGCCGACCUGCACAUCAACGUGCCCUCCCCGGAUAACGUCCUCCAGGGCCUCGACGAAUCACAGCUGAAAGAGCUUGAUUCUGACAUCACGUCCUACCACACCCUCGAGACCAACGGCCGUAACCGCGAAUAUUGGAAGUCGUUGCAAACAAUCUGUGCCGACAGGCGGCAGAAGCUGAAACCACAAGGGCCAGACGCUCGGGUCGUCAGCACAGUGUCGGAAGACGUCGACAAGAUCCUGCGCCCCAAAACGUACGAGCAACUCGAGGCCCUGGAAUCUCAGAUCAAGACCAAGCUCCGCUCCAACGAUGACAUCGACGUCGACUACUGGGAGCAGCUCCUGCGCAGCCUGCUUGUGUGGAAGGCCAAGGCGAAGCUCAAGAAGGUGUGCGAUGCCAUCAUGGCGAACAAGGCCGCCAUGCUUAAGCUGCAGGACCCGGAAAAGGCCAGGGCUCUAGGCCAGCAAGCUAUGCAGAGCGAGUCUAUUCCUGGACCUGCAGCAGUCAGGAACCUGUCAUCUGAGCCCAGCAGGGCCGAAACAAAGGCAGUGUCUGUUUCAUCCGGGCUCCAAGGCGGUGCGCCACCAGGAACGGCUCGAUUCGCGCAGACUGGCAACGAAGAUUUCUCCCAGGCCACCAAGGCCCUCUACGAUCGAGAGGUCGCCCGUGGUAUCAGCGAGGACGAGGAGAUCUUCACUGCCGAGGAGGCUGUACCCAGUGCCUCGAAGCCGCAGUGGGCGGACAAGUAUCGACCACGCAAGCCCAAGUACUUCAACCGCGUCCAGAUGGGCUACGAAUGGAACAAGUACAACCAGACGCACUACGACCACGACAACCCGCCGCCCAAGGUGGUCCAGGGCUACAAGUUCAACAUCUUCUACCCAGAGCUGAUCGACAAGACCAAGGCGCCCACUUUCAAAAUCAUUCGAGAACACGGCCGGAAAAGGGGAGAGUCCUUUGCUGCUGCAGGGGAGGAGGACACGUGCCUCAUUCGUUUCAUCGCGGGCCCCCCGUAUGAGGACAUUGCAUUCCGAAUCGUGGAUCGCGAGUGGGAUUACAGUGCAAAGAAGGAUCGCGGCUUCAAGAGCUCUUUCGACAAGCGCGCCCACAUGGGCACCAUGCCCGUACACGAUGGCUUGCCUCAGUCAGCCAUGACCACUCAGUCUCCCGAGCCUCUCGCCGUCAAGACAGACAUCAUUCCAGACUACUACCCCAUGGUCCCCAAGAGCGCAGUCAACAGCUCUCAGCAAUCUUUCUACAACCCAAACUUCUCAGCCAUCAACCCGCCAUUCCAAUCACCAGCCAUGAGCCAAAUCACAAUGUGGGCAUCUCCCCGCUCCCCCGUGGACGACUUUGACAACUACUCCUACCGCGCCCCGGCUCCCACGUCUGGAUACCACGCCGGCUCUCUCUCGCCACGAACAUGGCCCGACUCCGUCCAGACUCCUCCUCCCCACUACGAGGUUCCCUUCCACCACCAGGAGCAGUACGAUGGCAUCACCAACGACCAUAUGACGAUGACUUCCGAUAACCUCCGCGGGAGCUCCCUGAACAUCGCCAUAGACUACGGGAACGGGUGCUUCCAGCCGCCCCUCUCGGGCCCUCAUGACCCGUUUCCCUCAAAGUACGAUUCUCCGCCUCCGAUGAACACAACUUGCAGCCCCUUCGUCACUUCUCCCACUUCAAUCCAAGAACCAUUCAAGCCCGAAAACCACCCAUCUAUGAGCCCAAGCCCAUGCCCCUCAGGAACUCCUGGUGGGAUCGCCAGUGGAAGCAUGGAUGUCGAGAAAGAUGACAGUGACAAGAAGAAGACGUCCGACGAGCCUUACGCUCAGCUCAUCUGGAGAGCGCUCAAGGAGCAGGAAAGCCGCUCCAUGACACUCCAGGAGCUCUACCAGUGGUUCCUCGCGAACACCGACAAGCCUGAGAAGGCCGGAGGUAACGGCUGGCACAACAGCAUCCGCCACAACCUCAGCAUGAACAAGGCCUUCGAGAGGAGAGAAGUAGUCCCGCGCCACUCCAUCAACGGCUCUUCGACAGAGAAGAACCCAAGCAGAUGGCACCUCAGACCCGACUUCGAGGAAGGCGUCAAGUCAACCACCCACUACCGCCCAGGCCCCCGCGGUCCCUCCGCCGCGCGCCGCAACAACGGCAACCAUCGCCGCUCUUACCACUCCUCUCCCGAAUUCCCGGACCGCAUGAUCCCCGGCCGCGCCAUCUCAGGUCGCAAAGGCGGACGGGCGACCAGCCGCUCCCGCAACGCCGCCAGGGACCUCCGCAUCCGCACGAACCUCCAGGAGCAGCAGCAAUGGAACCCGCCUCCUCCUGCUGCCGCCCAGAGAAGCCUCUCCGCCAGCCAGCUCGAGAGCAGUUACCCUACCUACUUCAACCAGCACCAGCACGGGCAGAACGCCCAAAGAUUCCUGCGCGCCCACGGCAGGCAGCGCGAGGAGGCCGCUCGCCCCAACGGCAUCCCGGGCAUCCCUAUCCGCUCUGCUGGCCCCGCCGUUCCUCCCCAGCAGCCUUACCAGGUCCCCGCCUACUCCAUGGCCAACGUAGCCGGCGUCUACCAGCACCCGCAUCCCCAGCAGCCUCAGCAGCAGUUCCAACAGCAGCAGCAGCAGCAAACUCGGCCGGGGCAACAAAGCGAAGAGGUUCUCUACUCGGGCUGGGGCACCUCCACCGCCAACCAGGGCAUAUAA